AUACACAGACAGACGACAUGGCUCAUUGUAGCAGUUCUUCUCUCAAUGUUCCAAACAAACUUAUUUCAAGUUUAUUCGCUCAGAAAAAAACAAAUAGUUACUGCGACAUUACUUUGAUAUUUGGGGAAGUGGAAUUGAGAGCACACUCAUGUGUUGUCGCCGCUUUCAGUCCCUUCGUGGACAAUUUCUUGUCAUCGGGGGAGGUUAUGCCGCUGUCAUCUUGUGCCACUCGAACUUCAGCAGGAACUAUAUCGUGCCUCAUGCCCUGUAAUGCUAAAUUCAAGUGUCUAGAUUGUGCAACGAAAGUAAUUGACUUCAUGUACCUGGGUAAGAUACAGAUCGAUGAUUUACAUUUAGAGCAUAUCAAAGCAGUGAGUGAAAGUUUACAAGUGUCAGAGCUGCUCAAGAUUUGCAGAAAGCAUUCAGACCGGAUCAAAUCUUUGGAUGACUGCCUGGGAACUCUGACCAGCUCUGAACCUACAACUGUUGAUCCUGUUGAAGAGGAGCCAAAGGUCCUGAGCAAAUCCAUAAAUCCUGAAAAACAGUUUCCUUCAACAACUGUGCAGACCUCUACGGAUGGAACUACCCUUUCUAAAGACGUGACUGCUUUAUCUGUCAAUUCAGUCUCAGUUAGUGAUGAUAUGGAUGAGAGUGAAUGGAGUGGCAUGAAAUGUCCUAAGUGUGAGUUAAUUUUGAUGAGCCUCGCUUUAUAUCAGCAACAUUGUGGCACUCAUUUGGGAAAGACAUACACAUCAUGCUAUGUUUGCAAUUACACCAGUAUUCGAGUACCUGAUGUAAUCAAGCAUCUUCAAGAAAUGGACCAUGGUGAAAAAGUCUGUUCAAUAUGCCUAUUAGAAGUCAGCUGCAGUCAAAGCCUGAAAGAGCACCUUCAAAUUCAUGAACAGGCUCAACCAUUCUUUUGUUUGACCUGCAGCACCCGAUUUCAAACAAGAACUGCUCUCAAUUCCCACAUUGUACGGCAUACGAAUGAAACUCCUUUCAUUUGCAAGGAAUGUGGAAGAGGUUUCAAGUGGAAGCAUGGGCUUCGAAGUCACAUGGUGACUCAUUCAAAGUUGAAGUCAUUCCUCUGUGAUCAAUGUGGAUUCAGCACCGCACAUUUGAGGUCAUUCAUUGAUCAUAAAGCAGCUCAUUCAGGAGAAAAGUUUAAGUGUCCAAAGCCUGAUUGCCAAUUUAGCUCAGUGCGAAGAGCAAGUGUUAAGCACCAUCUUAUGACUCACUCUAAACAAAAGCCAUAUCAAUGUGAGGUCUGUGGUCAAGCAUUUUCACAGAACAAAAACCUCCGACGGCACGCUGCUUCUCAUAAUCCAUCUGCUGAUCCUGAAAAGUGUCCUCUAUGCUCAUAUCAAACAAACCGUAGUGAUAAGUUCAAGGCCCAUUUCAAGCGAUAUCACAAAGAUGGAGAAACACUCCAAGAUCAACUUGGAACCAAGAAAAAGUCAUCUUCAACUGCAAGUGCUGUAGACAAUUCCAAUGUGUCUUCACCGGAAAAUAAUCUACCUAUUAAGAAACAGUCAACAUGUCAACGAAGUGUUAUCAGAUAUGGUCGAUCAAAUGGAACUCUUCCUAAAAUCCCUGCUGUUAACCAUUGUGAGGAAAGUCCUACUCCUAACCAAACACAGAAGCAAACAUGUAAGACUCCUUUGGUGGUGGAAGAAAUAUGCGAACUAAGCCCCCUCAACACAGAAUUAAAAAGUGGAGCAACUGAGACGCCGCUUUUGAAACUGACACCCAAGAAAAAGAAGUCACAGCAUGACCCUUCAACAAACACACAUCAUGGCAAAAAUUCUGAAAACAUUCUCCUUCAAGUUUCUGACUCAAUUACUGAACAAUUCGUUGUGUUCAACACAAAUGAAGCAUUGUCUUCUUCUGAUGCUCUGUAUACAUUAUCAAAUGGAACCUAUGUAAUAAUGGAUGUGGAAAAUGUGGAUGAUAAGACAGUAGAACAUAAUAUCAGUUAACAUUCAUACUGUGAUUAUGUGAUUCAAGAAUUCUCAAAAUGUUUCUGAAGUAAGGACUUCCAUGAGUCCAAUUGAAAUAUAAAGUGGCCAUGGGACCACGUUUCACGCCAUUGAUAACAAGAAAAGCAGGCAGAGGUCAAUCUUUAAAAGAGACAGCUUUGACAAGUGGAUGUGUUCAGUGAUAGAUUGAAUGGGGCUGUUUAAUCUAUUAUAUGUUUCAAACGAUUAAAAACCAGUGAACCGGAAGCGGAUUUUCUGACCGAGACCUGUGAAUCCUCAGAGAAAAAAGGGAAAAAAAGCUUGGAAAGAAACAGAAUAUUGCAGAGC